AUGACUAAAACAUUUAGUCAUAUACCGAAGGAUGAUAAUCUUCCUUUAUCUCUAGGAUCUAAUUUUCACGACGACCCUAUUAACAGGAACACUUUACGCAAGAGUCACAAUCUUUUUUUGCCUCAACAGGAAAACGGCGCACCACAUACUGAAUAUCACUAUGGAGAUCUAAAAAUUACACGAGAUGCUAAUACGAUUCAGAGCGAUGCAGAACAGGAGGCUUGGGAUGGCUGGGGGACGGAGAAGUUCUCGAACGCUGAUUAUAACGAUUUUGUUGUCCGGUUGCUUGCAUAUUUUGUAGAAAGUAUAACCGCAAAUUCCACAGAAGAAAAGCGUGUUCGAAAGGUAUGCAUCAAUUUUUUUAUGCAUGAUAACAGCAUUUCCAUUAUAGAAUUGAAGGAAGCUAAUUCAGGUAUUGCUCAAGGCACGAUUCUCUCCCGGUGCCAGGUUCCAAAAAAAUCUGAUGAUGAUAAAGAACUGGUUUCACUCAAAGAUCUUAAAAUUGGUAAUGAAGCACUGAUAUACGGCAUCAAUUAUCAUAUCAUCGAUAUGGAUAGGAGAAGCCGUCGUUUUUUCAAAGAAAUUCUUCAUGAAGACGUCCCCCAACCUCAAGAUUUCCCUUUGACGAGUGCUUCUUAUUUUUCGUGUUUUCAGAAAAAUAAUCCCGGUCGUACGUUCACAUCCGAUGACAUGGACCGAAAGUGUGCAAUAGAGCCGCAAUUCACUGAAACUUUUUCGAAGCGUUCCAAAGAGGACAUUCUAAUUUCUCAGCAAUUUUUUAAAAAUGAAAUCAAUGAGCACUUGUCAUAUCUAGCUCUCUGGGAUGAUCGUGGCAGCAUCAGUGGGGAUCUGCAUUUUUGUGUAAUUAAGUUAUUUCUUGAAAAUUUUGCUAUAGAGGUGAUGGAACAGAGACCCGAAAAUAGUAACUGGUCUGGUGGUAAGGUCCUUAUAAGUCGUCAGAGAACACCAAAACCAGGAUCUGAUAUCACAAAAAGCAAAUUCCAGGAGCACACAUUUGGUAAAUUGAUGAAAAAUGGUUAUUUAGAGCCACAGGAUUUGAUGAUCGGAGAGACUUACAUAAUGUACGGGAAGCCCUUUUUUAUUUAUGGAUGUGACCAAAAAACACGGGAAUACAUGAAGCUGAACUUUAAUAUUGACUUGGGCUCAAAUAUUGACAUCACACCUUUUACGACCGAGAAAAAACCAGAGAUUCUGUUUUAUCCGCCUCCUCCAAAUGGGUUUGGAAGUGAUUGGGGGCAGCGUGAUAACUGGCUGACUCUUUGUGGUAAACCACCAAAGCAAGAUUUGGAGACAAUGAAUAGUGAAACCGGACGGGUGCUGAUCUUUGCCGCGAGGCUGGCAAACCCUCUUACUAAGGGAGACGAUAAAAGAGAAUUUGUGAUAGUGUUCUAUUGCGACACUAAAGAACUGUGCAUAAAUGAAAAGACACAACCGAAUUCUGGCUUCACAUGUGGACGUUUUUUAGCGAAAGGUCCUCACCAAAAGGAGCUUGCUAACGGCACCACUGCUCCAUUUGAAGCAUCUGAUUUUGCAAUCGGGAAGAGCAUUACGAUUUACAAACGGAUAUUUUUGCUUUGUGAAAUGACUGAGGGAACAAAACGAGCACUCGAGGAAAGUGACAAGCUUACGACUGAGGAUAGAAUCAAAGAUCUUAUUUUUCUGUUCAAGCAGCAGCUGAAACUAAAAUUCAUGAAGGCCAGGGAGGCUUACCUGGCUCUAGCUCCGCAAGGUAUUUUUGGUUAUAAACAAAUCAAAGAUUUCCUACGCACUUGCAGUUGCAACAUCAAUGAUGAGGAAGCGAUUGUUAUGGCGCAGAACCUUUUUCCAGAUGACAAAAAUGUCUUAUCCUUCGAGACAUUUUCGCAGAUAUUUAGUGAGAUGUCAGAAUCGAUGGUCGGUACUUCUUCAGCAUCAUACUCCGCUCAGAACAUAAACAUGUCUGUAAAGGGAUCCCAAAAGGAAUCUAUUUUGAAAAGUGAAGGCGAUUACCGGUGUCGUCAAUUGAGGAGAUUUCUGAAGGAAAAACUUACACAACGGAAAGGUAUUCUUCAGCAACAGUUUCGUCUGUUCAGCGAGUAUAGCCUAAACAGCAGACUAAGUCGAGAGGCUUUUCGAAGAUCCUUGCAUAGCAUAAUACAUUCUGGGAUGGAAAAGAUGGAUGAAGACAUGCUGGUAUCUAUGCUCUUUGAUGGUGUAGAAGACGAUAACAAUGAAAUCACAUACACACAAUUUCAGGAAUUUCUAAAUCAAGGAGCAUCUCCUAGAAGAGGGGAUUGCUUUUAG